AUUCCAAGCAAUCGCACGGUCGUAAACUUGGUGUAACGAUGACAGCAAGAUGACCACACAAAUAUGCUACCCCUCGUAUACUCCUAUAAUUAAUCCCCGGUCCGUCCUAAGUAAUCUCGGAACCUUCGCCACCCUCCUCUUCUCCUCUCUCUCUUCCUCCGGCCCCCGGCCACGCCUAAGGGAGACAUGGAGGGAAAGGGCGGGAUGGUCGCCGAGGCUGAGAUAGAGCGGCUGCCGGUGGACCUCCUCGCCCACAUCUUCUCCCUUCUUUCCUCCUUCCGGGACCAUGCACGGGCGAGCGGGGUGUGCCGGAAGUGGCGGGGAGGGGUGGAGCAGUCGCUGGCCAGCAGGGAGUGGCUGAGCUUCUCCGGGUGGAAGAUGGACGACGCCUCUACCGCCCGCCUCGUCUGCGCCGCCUACAACCUCAAGGAGCUCAACAUUGCUCGGAGUUGCUGGGGUUGCCAGAUUACUGAUGAAGGAUUGUAUAAGAUCUCUUUGGCAAAGUGUGUCAGGAAUCUGACAUCUAUAUCCUUGUGGGGACUGGCUGGGAUCACUGAUAAAGGCGUAAUUCAGCUGGUUUCAAGAGCUAUGUCUUUACAAAACCUGAAUAUUGGUGGUACAUUUAUUACUGAUGAAUCCUUGUAUGCAAUUGCGAAAAGUUGUCCACAAUUGAAAACUAUCAGUCUCUGGAGCUGCCGCCAUGUGACCGAGAGUGGUCUCAACAUGCUUGUAAACAAAUGCCGAAGACUUGAGUCGAUCAAUGUUUGGGGUAUGAGUCCCGUGGAUUGUUUUAUCAGCUUGCUCAGCAUCAGCCCUGCUCUGCAGAUAAAACCCAUGUCACAUCAUCUGAAUAUUGGAAAUCAGUUGCCAGUAUCAUGAAGGCAGAUUUGUUAAUUUGCUCGACACCCAGGAAAAGAAAGUCUUUUAUGGUCAUUAAUAAGUAUUGUUGGCACAUUCAUUUUUAGACUGUAAAAAACAGUAGAGUCUAGGAUCCAGUGCUGCAUCCUGCAACCACCCAAAAAAUAAAGGAAGAUGUAAAAAGAAAAUCUAGAUCUUGUGUAUCCGAAGAAGUUCAAUAUAUUCAUUUGUUGGAAACUAAUAUUAUCAAUCUGCUGGAAUUCAUA